GAAUAGAAUUUUCGAACACGUCCCACAAUGCAGUAAUAUGGCGUCUCGCAUGAUUGAACGAGACGUCAUUUUCAAGCGAUUCGAUCGAGUGCAUUUGUCUCAAGUUUCAGUGUUUAUUAUUAUUGCGCGUUCAUGUCACCGUGAUUCCUCGAUCGUUUCUGAUGUUACAUCUUUAAUUGACAAAUAACUUAAAGAGAGAUAUGGAAGAGACGUGUUUGGACGACGGACCUGCAGUAAAUUUCGAAAGGGCCACUCUAGAAAUCGCUAAUGCCGAUUCUGUCAAAUCUGCGACAGAAAGCGCGGAUGACACAUCAAAGCGAAAUUCCGCUUCGAGAAAUGUGUGUAAUGUGCCGUUUAAGCAUAUAGACGUUCAUACAUUCUUCACCGAUAGAAAUGAAGUUGUGGAAAGAGCGAUAAAUGACUGCACUGAAAAUCUGAUACAGGAAAACAAUGACGAGCUUGUAGGAAGCUGGCUUUUGACAGAAAUAAGUUUAUGGGAUACAGAAAAGGAAAGACUUGUAUUACUAUCGACGAAAGCUCUUUACUCUGUAAAAUAUGAUUUUAUUUCUCUAAAAAUACUCGAUUUUAAUCGGAUACCUAUAUCUUUGUUUGAUACAAUAGUUACAGGGGAAUUAGUUUACCCAUCUGCUUCUCUUGCACCACGAUUAAGUGGUUUAGCAGAUGGUGUGUCGUCUAUAAUUCAAUGUGCAGUACGUCAAGAAUGGUCGUCUAUCACAGGUUGCUCUAAUCUUACUCAAUUUGAACCUAGGAAGCGGCAUAUGUCAGGAAUAAGACUUUUGUGGAAUAGAGGGCAGCCUCUGCCUCUUAUAAAAAAGUGGAAUCCAUUUGCAAAAGAUAUACCGUGGCUCACAUAUGCUAGUCACCCAUUAUUCUGGUAUAAAGCUGGAACUGAAAUUGUCAAAACAAGAUUUGACAUAGAAGCCUUUCAUACCACAUUUAAAAGUUUAUUAUCGCAUGAAUGCAAUGUUGUUAAUAUGCCGAUCAUUAUAGAGAAUUAUUGCAGUCUCGGUGCCUUAGUGCACAAUAGGAAUGGCUUAGGUUUCUUUAAAAUACGUGGUAAAGUCAGUUUUUAAUUUCUCCAAUCUCAUUGUCUCGCAAAUUUCAAAAUACUUCUCUGAACUUAUUAUUUUUUCUUAUAUUUUUGGAAAUGAAUCUUUUUAUAUUAGCUUGCGAUUUCACACUUAUACAAUAUUUGCUAAAAAAGAAAAAAAAUAGCGAUUGAUACUAUCACACACAUACAUAAUAUACACAAUCACUUUUAUGAAAAAUUAUUUAUUAAGAUAAAAGUCUCUAUAUACAGUAUUUUUAAAGCUACUUAAUAAUUUUCAUAAGAAAUAGCAAAGCUUAAGAUCUAUUAAACUAUCUAUUAAUAAUUUUAUCUAUUAAUCUUUUUAAUCUGUUAAUAAUUUUCACACAUUAAUUUUUACAUACUUUCUCUAACAUCACAUAAAUGAUAUGUUUAUACAAGAUAUAUUUUCUCAGAUAUGUAAAUUAUAUAUAUAUAUAUAUAUUUGCAUAAUAUUUACAUAUAUACACUGUGUGCUAAAUCGUUGAUAUCUUGCAUGAAAACGCAAAGGUCUUUGUGUUUUAAGAAUUGUGUAACAAAAUUUGAGAAUAUUUUAAUAUCUAGUACUCCGAUUAUUGUGCAGAAGAAUUGUAAGGCUGUUGUAAUCUCUUAUCAUAGGACAUUGUAUAAUGUACCUAUAUACAUGUAUGUAUAUGAUACAGGUCCAUAUACUUUUGAGUUAUAUAAUAAAUAAGAAAUCUUGAAUCUU